AUGCAAAAUGGAGGAGAUGUUUCUGGAAUUAUUUGUGGUGGUGGUAAUGUUACAGCUUCAAAUGGUGGUGCUAAUUCUUUAGUUAACGUUACAACUUCUUCAAUUGCCACAACUUCAAAUAUUUGGACUUAUGAUAUGGACUUUUUUGGUCCUUCCAAAAUUUCUGAAGUUUUUUCAAAAGAUUUUGGUAAUCUUAGCAUUGGACAAGAACAAAAAACUUCUCCAACUCGUAAACAAUUUGUUGAGAAGGAAAUUCAAACUGACGAAAGUUUGUUUACUGGGGGAGGAAGGUUUGUUUUUGAUUUUAUUUUUAAAAUUGGGAUCUGGUACUUUAUGGAUAUGUCACCCCCCUCCUACUUUGAGUCUCAGAGUUCUCCUUAUGCGUAG